AUGACUCAGAUCUACACAACCGACCACUCCGCGUCAGUUCUACGCACCCACAGCUGGCGCACAGUCACCAACUCCGCCCCUUACCUCCUCCCCCACCUGAAGCCAGACAUGAAAAUCCUCGACGUCGGCUGCGGCCCAGGCUCAAUAACCAUUUCGCUAGCAAAGCUUGUUCCGGACGGCCACGUUACAGGGGUGGAAUACGUCCCAGAUCCACUAGAAGGCGCGCGAGCUCUAGCGCAAGCUGAAGGCGUGUCGAAUAUCACUUUUCAAGAGGGGAAUAUCCAUGCCUUGCCGUUUGAAGACAAUACGUUCGAUGUUGUGCAUGUGCAUCAGGUUCUGCAGCAUAUUGCAGACCCGAUUCAUGCGCUGAGCGAGAUGCGGAGGGUUGCGAAGGAGGGGGGUAUUGUUGCUUGUCGCGAGUCUGCGGAGUUGAGCUGGUAUCCUGACUCUGUGGGGAUUUCUAAGUGGCGGGAGGUCACAGAGUUGAUGCAGCGUGCUAAGGGGGAAGUCCACAUCCUGGGAGGAUGA